GACGUUUCUGAAGUAAAGGCUGGAGGGGGCGAUGCCUUCCGGACGUUCUGCGGUAGCUGCUGCCCCCGGACCCACACACUUCAGGCAGCAGAAGAACAAGAGGAGUGUGGAAGCCAAGAAGAUCCAUUGUGCCACAGAGGAUAGCAACUUCCAGGAAACUUCACCUGGCCAUGAUUCCCAAAGUGAAGCAUUCUCUUCCUCUUCCUCUUCCUCUUCCCGAAAGUUGGUGAGUGGUGGUCGUACGUCUAUCCGAAAGCCGACAUAUUGGUUGGAAAUGAGAGGGAUCAAAGCAGCUUCUCAACCCCAAGGUGAAGGUGGAGUGACAGGCAAAGGGAAGAGGAAGACUAGUGGGGAAGAAGAUGAAGACUAUGAAGAAUUUCCUCAGAAGAAGCAAAAGCUUUCUGGAAAGAAACAGCGGACUAGAGCUCCACAUAGCCCUAGAACCCAGAGCCGUUAUAUCCGGAAAGAUCCACCAAGUUAUCCAGCAGGCAGUUUGGAGGAACAGUGGUAUCUGGAGAUCUUGGAUAAAGGCAGAGUCUCUUGUCCAACUUGUCGGGCAGUGGUGAGAAAGACAGUAGAGGGUCUGAAGAAGCACAUGGGAAACUGCAGACAGGAGAUGUACACCUGUCACCACUGUGGGAAGCAACUUCGGUCUUUGGCAGGGAUGAAGUAUCAUGUCAUGGCAGAUCAUAAUAAUUUGCCAAUCCUAAAAGAUGGAGGAGAGCUAGAUGAGCCAAAUGAGAGAGAGAGACUCCGAAAGGUCCUGAAGAGAAUGGGCAAGCUCAAGUGCACACGGGAGAGUUGCUCUGGCAGCUUCACAAGCAUCAUGGGCUACUUGUAUCACAUCCGAAAAUGUGGCAAAGAAGCUGCAGAGCUGGAGAAGAUGACACUGAAAUGUCACCAUUGUGGGAAGGCAUAUGGAUCAAAGGCUGGACUUAUGUAUCACCUGCGGUCUGAACAUGGACCUAUGCCCUUCUUUCCAGAGUCAGGUCGACCAGAGAGCUUAAGAGAACUGAGUUUGGAGACGGGUACUGGGGGUCGUGUGCAGAGGCGAUCAGCCAAGGUGGCUGUAUACUACCUGCAGGAGCUAGCCAAUGCUGAACUGGCCAAAGAGUGGCCUAAGAAGAAGGUGCUUCAGGACCUGGUUCCUGAUGACCGGAAGCUGAAAUACACUCGUCCUGGACUACCCACCUUCAGCCAGGAAGUACUCUACAAAUGGAAGUCAGAGAUCAAGAUGUAUCAUCGUGUCCAUUGUCCCAACCAGGGCUGUGAAUCUGUCUACAGUAGUGUGUCUGGUCUCAAGGCUCACCUGGGCACUUGCACAUUGGGAGACUUUGUGGCUGGAAAAUAUAAGUGCCUCCUGUGUGAGAAGGAGUUUGUGUCAGAGAGUGGUGUCAAAUAUCACAUCAACUCUGUCCAUGCCGAGGAUUGGUUCAUGGUAAAUACCAACACAACCAAAAGCUUUGAGAAGCUAAUGAAGAUGCAGCAUCAACAGGAGGAGCAGAGACGAUGGCAACAGCACAAGAAGAGGAGGUCACCAAGGGCCAGUAGAAAACAGCAGCGGCCGCCAGAGGCUGCAUCUGACAAAAAGGAACCAGAUCGUCGGGGAGGGAAAGGCCUGGCAGGCUCAGUCUCUUGUGAGAACGGUGAAGGAGAGGAGCUAGAGCCAGAGCAAGUACCCAUGCCAGUGUGUUUCCAGACAGUGAAGCUCUCAAAGACCAGCCAUAAACGUGGAAGGAAAUAACAGGCUAGUGUGAGAGCAUCUCUGCAUGAAGGGAUGGGGCACUGUUGGCCCAGAGGCCCUUGGCCUGGGGAGUCCUCUCAAUCCCUUCCUCUUUAGUAAAUUUCUCAGUCAUUCCUACUUGUCCCCUUCCUCUUGGACUUCUGGGCUCCCACUCCUCAGAAAGUCUUGUCUCCCCAACUCUUGUGCAGCCUUAAAGUUCUGCUGUUAUCUUUACCAUGCUGAUGUCAUAACUUCUUUCCCUCAAGAAGACUGGGAAACUCCUGGCUGUUGGCUGUUUCCUUCUUGAGGUGAAGUGAUUAUAAUUAGACUGUAUUAAAAGCUGAGGUUUAGGGUUUGGGAUCAGGAAAAUUUUCUCCUGCUUUUCCUUACCCAACUCCUCUACCCACUACUGAAACCCACUGUCUAAUCUGUAAAACAGCCCAGCCUCUCUUUACUACACAUACAGUUUAUGAUAUUACGCUUCGUAUAUAACUAGUCUAGAUGCCUCUGUUUUGGUGCCGGUAUCUUGUCAGGCAUUUUUUUCUGUUAGCCCAGUUGUUCCUUCUGAUGGCAUGACCUUGACACGGGGCUAGAUUAGACCCAAAUAGCCCAGUUCAACAUGGACUCAGAGUGAGUCAGAAGACUGGUCUUAUACAUUGGGUGUGCUGGGAAAUGCUUCUUGUACUGAAUUCAUAGUCUUGAAAAAUAGGCUCCACAGAAGUUCAUGAAUAACUGUAAAAUGAGUAGAAAGGAUUGAGCAAAGCAAGCAUUACUGUCCAGCAUGAGGUUUCCUGGUGUUUGGGAUCACAUCUGUUACUGAGGUCAGCUUGUUCUGCACUGCAUUAGUUUUAAUUGUUUAAGAGGCAUCUCACUAGGUGUGCUUGGUGUCUUGCUGUUCCUAGUGAUGCCAUGUGUGUCAGUAGCUUAAAUGCACAUGCCCUUUCCCUUGGGCUUCCAUUUAUUCACACUGAACUUUAGCCAUUCUCCACAGUUUAAACCCUUACCUCUCCCUCCAGUCAUUGUGCUGCCUCUUUUCUGAAUUCUCUGUGGGUUUUCACCCUUUUGCAGGGUGGUAAUUAUGGGACCCUCUCUUGGGAGACCCCUUAGUCUAGCAUCCUGAGUUUUCAGGACUGGAUAUGAGCACUUAGCUGGAGCUGGAAAAAAAGAGACUUUCCUCUUUUACCCUCCUGCAUAUCCAGCCAUCCCUAUUAGGAUGUUUAUUUCCGAGAUUGGCAUUCUUUGGAGUGUCAUUUGUAUCAGCUCCUUGUUAUUCUUGGUCUCUCUACCUUCUUCCCCCAAAAUUCAGGUCACAUUGCCUUGCUCCUGUUUGUCUCAUGUGUUGUAGAACAUGAAGAAUCUGAUCCUUGUCUCUGGCACAUGUUACAAAUAAAGGCAAGUGGCAUGUAUCACUUUUUCAGAUUCUGGAAGAUGAAUUCUUCCAGUUUGCUGUUGCAUUUCUUAACACUCCCCCUUUCCCCCCAAUAAAAAGAACAAAAAACAAAGAUAAAACAGGAGUUUGGAGAAAUGAUGUUAAGUUGGCUAUCUCAGUUGAUCUCACCUCAAGAGCACCUCACAAAAAGUUCUGUUUCUAAUAAGUGGGUAGUAAAACCUGGCCUCAAGUCCCAGGAGCAACAAGACAGGAAGAACCUUCUGUAUUUACUCUAUUCUUUCUUGCACGACUGUGCCCUGAAAUCCAGGCUAUACAGCAAAUGGGGACUAUGGAAGAGUGAUGUAUACAUCCGGUAUAAGUUAAAACUUGAGGUGUAAGUGGUAACAUUGAAGGAAAUAAAUGUCCCUUUACUAGA